AUGAUGCCUCUGGUCCUCACUGAAGCUGAGGGAAGGCCUGCAGUGAAUAGCAGCUUUUUUUCCUCCAUAAAUCCAGCUGAUGGCCAGUGCCUACUGGAGAAAUAUAGUGAUCAAUUUUCAGACUGUGACUUUGGACUGCUGGCCAACCUAUAUGCAUGUGAGGGAAAGCCUGGAAAGGUAAGAGAUGGAUGAUGUGGAUGGUAAGAGAAUGGUGCAUGUGAUGAAUACAGUGUAGAUGAUUUUGAUAUUUGGAAUUAUAACUAUUAUAAUUAUGAUGUUCAUAUCAAGUUAAAAACCAAGUGAGAUUUUAGGGCUCACUAUUUUACAUUUACAUUUUAGUCAAUUAGCAGACGCUCUUAUCCAGAGCAACUUACAGUUAGUGAGUGCAUAAUUUUUUUUUUUUCAUACUAUCAUUUAAAUUGUGCUUAAUCAUUGUGUAUUCAUCAUUAUUUGUGUUCCUGGUGAAUUAAACCCGCCUCUGGUUAUGCAUUGACAUAAACAAAGUGCCCUUUAGGUUCAUCAUUGAAAUCAUGUUUACAUGAACUAAGACCUCCCUGUCUGUGUUUGCUCCAAAUGAUUACUUUAGGUCAACAAAUAUUUAACAGGAGACUAAACUGGUUGCGUAAUCAGUGCUGAAAAUGUUAUUUUUAUUUUCUGUCACGGUCAGGUCAUAGAGGUGAGUGCCAAAAGGAGAACAGGUGAGGAGAGCCUUGUGGGUGCUCUUAGGAAGUCCAUGGAGGAGCACUAUCCUGAUAAAAGUCUGGCUCUGGAGGGCACCUUCAUCAUCCAGAAAGGGAAGGCCAAGAUCCACAUCAUGGUAAAAACACAAAACUUGCAGAUAUUUGUGUUGACAGGAUUCUGUGACAUGGUGUUGUGGUUUCAAGGCUCAAUGCAUGCUUAUUGCUUUCUCUAUUUCAUUGCCAUGACUUAAAAUGUUUGUUGCCAACCACAACAAUGGACACCAACAGUCAGAACGUAUGUAGCCCUUAUUACUGAGGCCUCAAAGGCUGCUUAGACAGGCAACCCAAUUCUGAUAUUUUUUUCCACUAAUUGGUCUUUUGACCUAUCACAUCAGAUCUUUUUACAUCAGCUCUUUUUUUAGAGCUGAUCUGAUUGGUCAAAACACCUAUUAGUGGAAAAAAAGACCAGAAUUGGGCUGCCUGUUUAAAUGCAGCCAAAGAGAGCGUUACCAAAUCCCAUUUAUUGUCUUUCUGGUGCCUCCCUGUGCAUAGCCAAAGGAGUUCUCAGCCUGCCCACUCAACUCCAAUGACAAUGUGAAUAAGUGGCUGAAACACUUUGAGGUCAGCGCACCUCUCAUCUGCCAAACCGUGAUGGUCUCCAGAGACCCUGUGAGUAUAGACUUAAUCUAUUGUCCCUAACUAGACUUUUCUUUGCUAUCUGCACUUUUUCCAACUUGCUUUUUUUUGUCUAUUCAGGGUUUGGACCUACGUGUGGAGCACACUCACUGCUUCAGCCACCAUGGAGAGAGUGGCCACUACUACAUAGACACCACUCCUGACACCGUGGAAUACCUGGGAUACUUCAUGCCUGCCGAGUUCGUCUACCGCAUCGACCGCCCCAAGGACACCCACGAUGUUGGGCGAGACUGA